UUUAUUUCGUUUAAAGUAUCCUCUCCAUUGUAUGAGAACUUCUUCUUCAACAAUCAAAUAUAAGUUUAUUAUUAUAAAAAUUACAAGAUUAUAUGAAAAAUGACAUCUGUAUUCAAAGAUAUAGAAUUGGGGCCACCCAUUGAGGUUUUUCUACGUAGUAAGGAUUUUCAAGAUGAUUCACAUGAAUCAAAAGUCAAUCUAACUAUAGGAGCUUAUAGAACAGCUGAAGGGAAACCAUGGGUACUUCCGGUAGUACGCAAAGUUGAAUCUACUUUGGCUCAGGAUGAAUCUCAAAAUCAUGAGUAUCUUCCUGUAUUAGGUUUAGAAUCAUUUAGUCAAGCAGCUACGACCAUGAUAUUAGGAGAAGACUCUGUGGCCAUUAAAGAAGGCCGAGCAAUUGGAGUGCAAACUCUGUCUGGUACAGGUGCACUAAGAGUAGCUGCUGAAUUCUUAGCUCGAAAUUUACAUUUUAAUACAUUUUACUACAGUAAACCAACAUGGGAAAAUCAUAGAUUGAUAUUUUUAAACGGAGGAUUUAAGAACAAUUUUGAAUAUCGUUAUUGGAAUCCAGAUUCUCGAGGUAUUGACUUAAACGGAAUGAUAGAAGAUUUAAGGAAUGCACCUGUAAAUGCAGUCAUUAUCUUACAUACUUGUGCACAUAAUCCUACCGGAUGUGAUCCAACUCAUGCACAGUGGGAUAAAAUAGCUGAUGUAAUUGAAGAGAAACAUUUAUUUCCAAUUUUUGAUACAGCUUACCAAGGGUUUGCUAGUGGAGAUUUAGAUUAUGAUGCUUAUGCUGUCAGAUUAUUCGCUAGUCGAAAUAUUGAAUUUAUAUGUACCCAAAGUUUUGCAAAAAAUUUUGGUCUUUAUAAUGAAAGAGUUGGAAACCUUGUAUUGAUAACUAAUAAUACCAGUAAGAUUCCCGAAAUUAAAUCUCAACUAACCCUAAUUAUAAGAGGGAUGUACAGUAAUCCACCAAAGCACGGAGCUAAAAUAGUUUCAGUAGUACUCAAUGAUAAUAAUCUUUACACGCAAUGGAAAGAUCAUAUACAUACAAUGUCUGGAAGAAUAAAAGAAAUGAGAACAGGUCUUUAUGAUAGAUUAAUGAAGCUAGAAACUCCUGGUACUUGGCAACACAUAAUCAAUCAAAUUGGAAUGUUUUCUUACACUGGUCUUUCAGAGAAUCAAGUGCAGUAUUUAAUAAAAAAUUAUCAUAUUUAUUUAUUGCGUAGCGGACGUAUUAAUAUGUGUGGUCUUAAUGAACAAAAUUUGGAUUACGUAGCCAAAGCCAUUAAUGAUGCUGUAACCAAAUGGCCUUCAUCAUAAAAUACUACAUAUUUAAUUAUACUAAAAAUAUUGUAUAUAUUUAUGUAAUAAAUUGAAUAUAAA